AUGGCCUACCACGGGCCCAGGAUGGGAGAAGUGAUCGCCUCGUGGCAGUCAAGCACGUUUGUUUUCUCUUUCUUGAAAUCAAAUAACGUUUCAUGUUUUCUUCCUCCCAGAAACCUUGGGGAGCUGAUAGAUCGGUUUGUGGCUGAUUUCAAAGCCCAGGGGCCACCUAAGCCCAACACGGACGAGGGGGGCGCCGUGCUCCCCAGCUGCGCCGACCUCUUUGUCUACUACAAGAAGUGCAUGGUGCAGUGCUCGCAGCUCAGUACCGGGGAGCCGAUGAUCGCCCUGACCACUAUUUUCCAGAAGUACCUCCGAGAGUACGCCUGGAAAAUCCUCUCUGGCAACCUGCCCAAAACCACAAGCAGCGGCGGUGGGUUGACCAUCAGCAGCCUCCUCAAGGAAAAGGAGGGCUCAGAAGUGGCCAAGUUCACCCUGGAGGAGCUCUGCCUCAUCUGCAGCAUCCUGAGCACUGCAGAGUACUGCUUGGCCACCACCCAGCAGCUGGAAGAGAAACUCAAGGAGAAGGUCGACGUAAGUCUGACUGAACGAAUCAAUCUGACUGGAGAAAUGGACACAUUCAGCACUGUCAUCUCCAGCAGCAUUCAGCUGUUGGUUCAGGAUCUCGAUGCUGCCUGUGACCCCGCCCUGACAGCCAUGAGCAAGAUGCAGUGGCAGAACGUGGAACAUGUUGGUGACCAGAGCCCCUACGUCACCUCUGUCAUUCUUCACAUUAAACAGAACGUCCCCAUCAUCCGUGACAACCUGGCUUCCACGCGGAAAUACUUCACGCAGUUCUGCAUUAAAUUUGCAAACUCCUUCAUUCCCAAGUUCAUCACCCACCUCUUCAAGUGCAAGCCAAUUAGCAUGGUGGGAGCAGAGCAGCUGCUGCUGGACACCCACUCCCUGAAGAUGGUCCUGCUCGAUCUGCCUUCCAUCGGCUCUCAGGUGGUGAGGAAAGCCCCAGCCAGUUACACAAAGAUCGUGGUGAAAGGCAUGACCCGAGCGGAGAUGAUCCUCAAGGUCGUGAUGGCCCCUCACGAGCCGUUGGUGGUGUUUGUGGACAACUACAUCAAACUCCUGACGGACUGCAACACAGAAACCUUCCAGAAGAUCCUGGACAUGAAGGGGCUGAAGAGGAGCGAGCAGAGCAGCAUGCUGGAGCUCUUCCGCCAGAGGCUCCCCGCCCCGCCCUCAGGGCCCGAAGGCUCCAGCUCUCUGUCCCUCCUGGCUCCAACUCCAGAACAGGAGUCAUCUCGCAUCCGCAAACUGGAGAAACUAAUUAAAAAGAGACUGUAGGAGCAUCCAAGGGGCACUUUUCCCCCGGCCAGUGACCCCCGCCCCCCACCAGCACCCAGAUCCCCGGAAGCCCCCCACCUCUCCUGUGCUUCCCCGACUCUCAGAUCAUCAGUCUUGAAACUUCCUGGGGCAUUUGGGUCAUUCACAUGUUUCUCCCAUGUCCUGUCUUAAUUCCUGUCCUCAUCGGAGAAGACGGGUAACCACCAGAUUAUAAAAAGGCAGUCGAGAUGGUCCCUGAUUCCUGCAGCAGAGGCAGCUGGGGGUGAAGGUUCCGUGUGCUUCACCUGCUGGUCCCAGGCGGCUCCCGACUGGUCCAGUUGUCGCUGACUCUGCAGCCUCACCGCCGCAGUCACACCCUCUGGCAUGUGGUCCUGUUCCUUCCCAUGCUUCUCUCCCAGCACCGUGGGUGAGAAAGCCUGGAACUCACCCCUUCCUCCACCUGCAGCUGUGUGAGGUUCCCUCUGCGGCCAGACCCUUAAGAGAUGUCCUCUGGGCUUGGCUCUAGGGCCCAAGUUAUGAAGUGGAAGAUUACAGGUGUGACGGAAGAAAGAGGUGUGGCCUUUAGCUAAGCCCUAGUAGGAAAAGCUGGCUAAAUAAGAAAAGCGCUGGAAGGGCAGGGAAGGGGCUGGGGGGGCACCUGGGCAGCUCAGUCGAUAGAUUUCACUCUGCCCAGAUAGCAUGGUGUGGCUCUGGUAAGGUUAUCCAGCCUGAGCUAAUUGAGGUUAACAUUCUCUUCCCACUCUUGAAAGAAGGGGUGAUGGGCUCAUCUCCAAACAGCCACUUCAGCCAUCUGUCCUCGGCCUGGGAGCUGGAAACCCAGUGGACUCCCACACCUGGUUCUUGUCACUCUCAGUGUGUACAGAUCCACACUUCUCUGUGUGUUUCAUUCACGAGGAGUCAUUUUCUGGAAGUCUCCAUAAUGGCAUUGAGAUGUCAAGCUGCUGUUUUGCCCCCCGGGUGGUGGUCCCAGCCAGGGAAGUUGCUUUCUUGAUUUAUUACACUGUCAGUAAUCUCCAAGGAGCCAGCAGAAGUCAGCAGGAGUUACGUUAAGUGUCUUGUUGAUGGGCGCUGCAUGCCCUGUGUGCGUCCUGUACAGACAGAGCAUGUUUCUCAUCUGGGGGGUCUGCAUCGGAAUCACCUGGGGCUCUUUUUUUUUU